GGUGCUUGCGGAGCAAACUAGACUCUUAGCGAUAAAGUUAGAAGAUGGUGCAUGGGAUUCAGUUGCGGGGAAAAAAAGAAGCAAAACAUGGAAUUGAGUAACAGUGAAUUCUUGCUGAUUAUGCAGCGAUAAUAUGGAGUAUAAAAGGGUCAGGUUGCAGAAACUGAAUGACAGAAGCCUUGAAUGCGUUGUGAUAGCGUAUAUUAUGCUAAUUGUAUUCCUAUUUGGAUAUUGUAUUAUUUAUUAGUUAUUCUAAUUUGUAUGUCAUAGUGUAGUCGCCCUCUUGUGACUCUUAUGAACUGGCAAUGAGUUAAUACAGUAGGGAAUUUUGACAUCGAUUGAGACAUUCUGUUCAGUUAGGCAGGCGGUUGAAUAACAAUGGGUACGCUGGAACUAAAGCAAAUUCUAACUGGUCACAAAGGGAGAGUGUGGAAUGUUUGUUGGCAUCCUAAGGGCACUAGUAUUGCGUCAUGUGGUGAAGAUAAGACAAUUCGAAUCUGGGCACCGGAAGGUUCUAAAUGGGCAAUGAAAACAAUUCUUACGGAAGGUCACACAAGAACUGUCAGAGAAGUUGCAUGGUCUCCUUGUGGGAGUCAUAUCGCAUCUGCUAGUUUUGAUGCAACUACAGCAAUCUGGGAUAAAAGUUCUAGUGAAUUUGAAUGUAACGCGACUUUAGAAGGUCAUGAAAAUGAAGUUAAAAGUGUCAGCUGGUCAAAGAGUGGACAAUUACUUGCCACAUGCAGUCGUGACAAAUCUGUUUGGGUAUGGGAAGUGACAGACGGAGAAUAUGAAUGUGCCGCUGUCAUAAAUGCUCAUACUCAAGAUGUAAAGAAGGUUCGGUGGCAUCCUCAAGAAGAUAUCCUAGCAUCAGCUAGCUAUGAUGACACUGUCAAAAUAUUUAAGGAAGAUUUAGCGGACAGUGACUGGUCAUGUAUAGCAACUCUGUCUUCGCACACUUCCACAGUCUGGAGUCUGUCUUUCAAUAGUACAGGAGAUCGAUUAGCUACCUGCAGCGAUGACCAAACUGUGAAAAUCUGGCAAGAAUAUAAACCUGGCAACAAUGCUGGAGUUCCUACACCUAACAACGAAUCUGUAUGGAAAUGUGUCUGCACACUGUCUGGAUAUCACACAAGAACAAUAUACGACAUUGACUGGUGCAAAAUAACUGGACUGAUCGCAACAGCCUGUGGAGAUGACAUCAUCAGAAUAUUCCGUGAAGAAGACGACUCUGAUCCGAAUCAGCCCUCAUUUAAUAUGGUGUGUGCGGCAGAUGAUGCUCAUACUCAGGAUGUCAAUUCUGUACAAUGGAAUCCUGCAGUUCCUGGUCAACUUGCGUCCGCCAGUGACGACGGACAAGUGAAAAUCUGGUUCUAUAGCGAAUAAAUUUAUUGUAUAUAUAAUAUAAUAUUAAAUAAAUACAAUGUUUUAUUUUACACAAUA